GUCGUUCUUUUUUGUUUAUUUUUACCGAAAUGUCGUUGGAAGGAUUGUGAUUAACCUUUUGGUCGCUCAUACCUAACCUUACAUUUAUUUUACUAGAUAUUAUAUACUAACCUACGUUAAUAGACAAAAUGCCAACCAUUAAAUUACAAAGUCAUGACGGUGAGACGUUCGCAGUGGACGUAGAGAUUGCCAAACAGUCGAUCACCAUAAAGACAAUGUUAGAAGACCUGGGCGUGGAUGAAGACGACGAAGAGGGAGUUCCAUUGCCCAAUGUUAAUGCUGCUAUUCUGAAAAAGGUGAUCCAGUGGUGCACGCAGCACAAGGAUGAUCCUCCUCCACCUGAAGAUGAUGAGAACAAAGAGAAGAGGACUGAUGAUAUUCCAGUGUGGGAUCAAGAGUUUCUUAAAGUAGAUCAAGGCACUCUCUUUGAGUUGAUUUUGGCUGCAAACUAUCUUGAUAUAAAAGGGCUGCUUGAUGUUACUUGUAAAACAGUGGCAAAUAUGAUCAAAGGCAAAACACCAGAUGAGAUCCGGAAGACUUUCAAUAUUAAAAAUGAUUUUACAGAGGAUGAAGAAGCUCAGGUGAAAAAGGAAAACCAGUGGUGUGAGGAGAAAUAGUUGUCUAAACUGUGUUCCCAUAGAAAUAGCAAAUAUACGACUGCUUUAUAAGUUAACUGUGAACAUUUACCCUGCUCCUGCAGUUCCCCAAACGAUUGCAAGCUUGUACCGGCAAUUUCUCUGCGCUGGUGCACAUAAAAAUUACCUUGUACAUAACACAGUGUAUUUUGACAAGUCAAUUUAAUAUCCUACAAUUACCGCAUGUUUUAAAGUCUGCCUGUUCCUGAUUCUGAUGUAGUAUUUCUAUAUCUAUCUAGUGUUGCGUUCAACCUGUUUCUUAAUACAAUAGCUUUUGUUUUAAUAUUGUA